UUACCAUCACUCAGAUUCCGAAACAAAAAUCACUUUGCCCCUAAAAGAAGCCAUGCAUGACAGCUGACAACUUUACCCUUAUCAGCUGAAUACUUCUUUUAGUUUUCUUCUUCUUCUUCUCCUUUGGCUUCCACUUUCAUUGUUUCUUCUCUUUUAUGCAAACCAUGAACCCCUCCUCCUUACCCAAGCUACCGAUCCUUCUUAAACCUUUCCUUCUUUCUCUCUUUCUUUCCCUCUUCUUCCUAGCCUUUUUAGCCUCCCACUCCUACUCCCCUCUCCUCCGCCUCAGAACCGCCCUUCAGACCCCCACUAUCCCACCUUCCAGAGCCGGAAACGGCGGCGCUAGCCUCCGUAUACGGCCGGGUUACUCUUCCUACAACGCUUACAUCGAGCGUCAGCUCAACAAAACCCUUAACCCAAAACUCCGAAAGAUAUGGACGACGCGCGAUUGGGACAGGAAAAUCCGGGUCUUCGCCCGUUUUUUCCAAAGCUUGAAGCAAAGAAACCUCAUUUCCAACCAUUCCAAGGCGUUGUCUAUCGGAGCUAGAGUCGGGCAAGAGGUGGCGGCGAUGAAGCUGGUCGGAGUGUCGGACUCGGUCGGCAUAGAUUUGGUGCCGUACCCUCCGCUUGUAAUGAAAGGGGAUUUCCAUGCACAGCCAUUCGAGAACCAGACCUUUGACUUCGAGUUCUCCAACGUGUUCGAUCACGCGCUGUACCCGUGGAAGUUUGUUGGGGAGAUCGAAAGGACGUUGAAGCCCGGCGGGGUUUGUGUUCUGCACGUGGCGGUGCUGCGGCGGGCGGAUAAGUACUCGGCCAAUGAUUUGUAUAGCGUUCAACCAUUGGUGGAGUUGUUUAAGGAAUCGGAGCUUUUGGAGGUGAGCAAAGUUGAUGCAUUUGGUCUCGAUACUGAGGUUGUUUUUCGGAAGAAGAAGAAGAUUGAAAAUUCUUAGUUGAUUUCUAUUGUUUCAUCUUAAUUUUUCCAUUUUUUUUUUCUUUCAAUCCAUUAGUUUAAUUGUUUUAAUCAACCGGUUACAUAUUGUUGAGACUUGAUUGAUUAAUUGUUUUUCCAUGCAAGUUUUACUUUUAAUUAAUCAAUAUAGUUAAUAUAUUUUUAAAA